CGUCUUCCGGUGUGUCAGCGGAAGUUGUCUCUUAGAAUGACGACCUCUGUGUUUUUCUGGUGAUUACCAAGAUGCAGCCAUACAUACAGUUUUGUUUUGUUUUGCUAGGACCUGUUUUGGUUGUCUCUGGAAAGGAAUGUUUCGAAUUACAAACAAAGGAAGAAACUUUUUUCGAGACCGUACCAGUUUUAAAGACUAGAACAAAAGCAGUAAAAAUGGGAAGGCGUUACAAAAUCAAUGUUGAGUACUAUGAAAUGUUUGAAGAGAAAAGAGUACAAAGAAAUGUGACAGUCAAUUCCACAAAGUGUUGCCAAGGUUACCAAAGAGAGGGAGACACGUGUAUAUUGAAACAGGUGUCAUCCAUUUUGAAGCCGGCUGUUUCGGAGGCAAUGAGGGUGUCUUCUAUGGCGGUACCUAUUAUAAUGCUGGUCCUCAUGUUCAUUGUGUCUAUCGCCAUUGUAUACCGACUCUACUCCAAAGAUAAACCUUGCAAAGGAAAAAGCAGAGGCAAAGAUGAUACUAUAAGAUCAGUGGUUGAUAAAAAAGAUGAGUAUUACACUCAGAUAAGAGGUUUGGACACCGGCUGUAGACAGUAUGAUGAUCUGAAUGGUCCAAACAGGGACACGGCGGGGAGUCGGUUGUAUGAGGAAGUGAAAGGGACGUAAUCAGCUACAACUAAUGUGACUUGUAAAUAAACAUUAUAAAAAUAAUUAAACUGCUUCUGAAUGCCACAAAAAAUCAAUUAAAACACAACUAGUCAACAAUUAUCAUUUUAAGGGAUGGUAUCUACUUAAAGUAAUGAUUUCAUUAGAGAAAUGUGUUCAAAACAAGCUUAUAAUACAAGUAAAUAUUUGUUUUACUCAAAGC